AUGUCACAGCCCAGUCAUGUUACGACGGACCCGUUCACCGAACUUCUCUACACCAUGGACUUUGAACAAAAUACGGACCAAAUUGUCGCGAAUAUUGCAACGGAUUACGAAUUUAACAAAGUUAUCAACUCACAUCCUACUCAUAUCAACGUCGACGAAGCCUGGGGCUUGUUAUAUUUUAAUCAGCCAAUUGAGAAUUCCAUAUCCUCCAACCCUGAUCGCGAAACCAUUGGCAUAAACGCUUCUGAGGCAUCUUCCCCAUCUCUACCAUUGGAAGCAACUAAGUCAGCAAAAUCUUCUGAAACCAAACGACCAAAGAGACCUGGCCGAUAUAAGAAUGCCAGUCCAGCUGUUAUGAAUCGUCGCCGAGAGCAGUGCCGGGAAGCGCAACGCAAGUAUCGCGAACGCAGAGAAAGUCGCAUCUGUCAGUUAGAAACAGAGUUGAAGGAAGUGCAACUUGAGCGAGAUUCACUAUUUGCAUCAUACUUCGAUUUAAAAAUGCGAUAUGACACAAAGUUAGGCCAACUGAUACAAAUUGUCUCAGACGUAGGCUUGUUAAGCUCAUCCUCUGAUGGAUUACCAGUCCUACUAUCGAAGCAAACAAUAACGGAGGACGUUGGUGAAGGGAUGUUUCUUGAUUAUACUUGUCUUCCUCAAACCAGUCUAUAA